AUGGGUUCAGUUCCAGGACAAGACACUGCCGGCAAACGGCCCAACUUCCUCAUCAUCGUUGCGGAUGACCUAGGUUUUAGCGAUUGUGGCUGCUUCGGAUCCGAGAUUCAGACGCCCAAUGUCGAUAAGCUGGCAGGGGAAGCUGGCUCUCUGCGCUUCACAGAGUUCCAUGUCGCAGCAGCCUGCUCACCGACGCGGUCCAUGCUUAUGACUGGAACGGACCACCACAUCGCCGGCCUCGGGCAGCUUCAAGAGUUUACGCGCAUGUCCCCAGCUCACUACAAUGCGCCGGGCCACGAAGGCUACCUGAAUGAAUCAGUAGUAGCGCUGCCGGAACUGCUUAAGGAAGGGGGUUAUUUGACUCUUAUGUCGGGCAAGUGGCACUUGGGACUCAAGCCGGAGCAUCACCCUAUCAAACGGGGGUUCAGCAAAUCAUUCGCGCUCCUUCCCGGCUGUGCCAACCACUAUGGAUGGGAACCGCAAUAUGACGAUCCCACAAAUGAGCCCAUCAAGUUCCUAGAGACCUCAACACGUGCCCUGCACGUCGAGGACGAGUACUUCAUCAAGGAACUCCCGGAGCCGUGGUACUCCUCCGACGGCUAUGCAGACAAGAUGAUAUCCUAUCUGCGUGAGCGGAACGACGAGGAAAAGGAGAAGCCGUUCUUCGCGUACCUGCCUUUCAGCGCGCCCCACUGGCCUCUGCAGGCUCCCAAGGAGAGCAGUGACAAAUACAGGGGCAUGUACGCCGAUGGCCCGGAAGCCCUGCGGAACCGCCGCGUGCAGCGCCUCAAGGACCUGGGCCUUGUGGCGCCCGACGUCAAGCCGCACAAUGUGGUCGUCACGCCGGGCGAGCAAGCUGACUGGGACACGCUCGACGAAGAGACUCGCGCAAAGUCUGCCCGUGCCAUGGAGGUCUACGCCGGCAUGGUGGACAGAAUGGACUGGAACAUUGGCCGUGUGGUAGACUAUCUCAAGGAGACGGGAGAGUACGACAACACCUUUGUCUUGUUCAUGUCUGACAACGGGGCUGAGGGUGCCUCUUUUGAAGCGAUUCCGAUCAUGGGGACCAACAUCUCGUCGCACAUCGCCAAGUACUACAACAACAGCCUCGACAACAUCGGCAACGGCGACUCCUUCGUCUGGUACGGCUCCCGCUGGGCGCAGGCCGCCACCGCCCCGAGUCGUCUGUUCAAGAUGUUCUCCACCGAGGGCGGCUGCCGCGUGCCCCUGGUCGUCAAGCCUCCCAAGCGCAGUGCCCAACAAGCCGCCGCAGCACCCAUCAUCACCGACGCCUUCUGCACGGUCAUGGACCUGGUCCCCACGGUCCUCGAGAUGGCCGGCCUCGAGCACCCAGGCAGCACCUACAAGGGCAAGCCCAUCGCCAUGCUCCGCGGCCGCAGCUGGGCGCCCUUCCUCGACACGCUGGCCACAAGUACUACGUCAGGCACUGCCGCGUCGGCAGGCAGACAGCCCAUCCACGCGCCCGACUACGUCGCUGGGUUCGAGAUCGCUGGGUCGGGCGCCCUGCGCCGCGGCGACUUCAAGAUCACGUUCGUGCCCGCGCCACGUGGCCCGCAAAAGUGGGAGCUGUUCAACGUCCGCGAGGACCCGGGCGAGACCAACGACCUGCGCGAGCAGAUGCCCGAGCUGUUCCGGGAGCUCCUGGCGUGCUGGGACGAGUACAAGAAGGAGGUCGGCGUAGUGGGCCUGGCCGGCGAGUUCAAGCGGCCGACGCCGGGAGACCCGUCGUUUGCAGUCGAUGAAUUUGCCGACCCGCUGGGGUGGAUCAAGUACAUAGGGAGGCCGGAGAUUACUCCUGAUAGGUUGAAGGGAGUCAUCCCUGAUAAGGUGCGGUAG